AUGAGACAACAAAAUAUGCCGCUGCGGAAGUACACGUCUUUCUCGUGUAUAGCAAUAGCUGAUGUUAUAGACUAUAGUGAGUAGUGAGUACAGAAUACGAUAAUAUACAAGCUAUAUAGUUUGGACGUGUAGUGGCCACACUACAGUUGUGAAUGACGAAGCCUGUUAAUUGUGUGAUUUUGGUUGUGGCGUAAGUGAGUUACUAUGUGAUUUUGAUAGUUCAUUUGUUUUUGAUUGUCCUAUUUAGUGUAUAAUUAUUGUGAUUUGAUAUUUUGUUUUACCAACUUGGAAGUGUAACUACGCUAAUAUUAUGACCUAUUCAAGAUACAUUAAAUGAACACUAAAAUAGUCUAACAUAAAGCAAAAUUCAAAGUUCAUCUAUGGUCAUAUGUAAUAUAGGUAUUUAGUAUCUAACUAUGCUAUAUUUUUUAUUUAUACCUUAAACUAAUAAGAAACAAAUAAAAAAGUUUUUGGCAAUUUUCUUAAUAAACAGUAUUAUAACAACAAAAAAUUAAAAAAUUAUUGGAUUUGUAAAUAGAUCUUAUUAAAUCUACUCAUAGAAGGUAGACUCAACAAAGUAUAAAAUAAAAAGAUCAUCUUAAUUUGGAGUAUAAUCUGUUAAAAUUACUAUAUUCAAAAUGUAUGGAAUGACAUCUGCAAUAAGUGAUGCUGUCCCGACUGAAAUGGACUUACAACUAACAAAAUCCUUAGAAGAUGCUCUCUCAAAAGAAAAAGUAAUCACUACUGAUGAUGAUUUAUCUCAAAGGCUGGAAGUCUUGUCAAUGUUGAAUAAUUUAGCCAAAGAAUGGAUUCGUGAAGUAAGCAUUGAACGCAAUUUACCGGAAAUUACUGCUGACAGUGUAGGAGGUAUGGUAUGUACAUUUGGAUCUUAUCGACUUGGAGUCUACCAUAAAGGUGCUGAUAUUGAUGCCAUUGUUAUUGUGCCGAGGCAUAUAACAAGAGUAGAUUAUUUUUCAUCAUUUUAUGCAAAAUUGAAAGAUAAUCCUAGCAUAAUGCAUGUACGAGCGGUUGAAGAAGCAUUUGUUCCAGUUAUAAAAAUGAUUAUUCAAGGUAUUGAAAUUGAUAUGUUGUUCGCACGACUAGCUUUGAAAGAAGUAGACGAAAAUACUGACCUUCAACAAGAUGAACUGUUAAGAAAUUUGAAUCCUAAGUGUGUUAGGAGUUUAAACGGUUGUCGAGUUACAGAUUCAAUUUUGCGACUAGUUCCUAAUCGAGAAUCAUUCAAAAAGACUUUAAUAGCGAUCAAAUUAUGGGCUAAACGUCACAGAGUCUAUUCAAAUGCCUUGGGAUACCUUGGUGGAGUUUCUUGGGCAAUGUUAGUUGCAAGAAUUUGCCAACUGUAUCCAAAUGCCGCUCCAGCUACCUUGAUACAUAAAUUUUUUUUGAUAUUUUCAAAAUGGCAAUGGCCUCAGCCAGUGUUAUUAAAACCAUCAUACUACAUGGAUCUAGGAUAUCCAGUAUGGGAUCCCAGGGUAAACAUGGGAGACAGAAAUCAUGUUAUGCCUAUUAUUACUCCAGUGUAUCCACAGCAAAACUCAACGUUUAACGUAUCUCAUUCUACAUUAGCUAUUAUACAAGAGGAGUUCAAAGUAAGUUUAGACAUCAUGGGUGAAAUUUUAACUGGAGAAUCCAGUUGGACGAAACUUUUUCAACCUUCAAAAUUUUUUACCAAGUACAGAUAUUUUUUGGCAAUUACUGUAUUUGCAAGCUCUGAAGAAGAAUUACUCGAGUGGAAAGGAUUAGUUGAAUCGCGUCUACGUUUUUUACCUACUUCUCUAGAAGAAAUUGACUGUGUUCAGAGAUCUCAUUUAAAUCCUGACCAAUUCUCACUUCCUCAUGAAAAAUCUCAAGGGAGACCAUCAUCUGUAUGGUUUGUGGGACUUGAAAUAUCAAAAUCUAAUGGUAAAGUGGUCCAGUUAGACUUCAGCUCGCAUAUACGAGAUUUUUGUCUAUUAGUAAAAAGUAAAGCUCAUGCUAUAUUUAGAACAGGUAUGGACAUACAGGUUAAUCAUUUAAAGAGAAAAGAUUUAAAGGAAUAUGUUCCAGAUGAAUUAAAGAAAGAAAAAGCAAUACCAAAUACUGUAGGCAGUAAAAUAAUUGCUCGAUUAUCAACUGAAGGUAGACACUCUGUAUCAGAAACAGAAGAACUACUAAAUAGUCCAUUACCAAAUAAAUCUUUGGAAGAAGAUACUUUAUAUUAUGAAAAGAAAAACAUUAGUCAACCAAUAUCUAAGACUGAAAAUGCUCAAAAUAGCUCUCAAUCGUCGACUGAAAAUAAUGAGGGCAACGUAUCAGAAACUGUAACACCUCAAAAUAGUCUAUUGUCCUAUAAACAUUCAGAGGUAGAAACUUUAGAUUACGAAAAAGAAAACGUCAGUCAAUUAGUAUCCAAAACUGAAGAAGCUCAGAACGGUGUAGUUCCCAAUUAUAAACUCGCUGCUGAAGAUCAGGUUGUGAAAAAUGAUGAAGAACAUAUAAAUAAUGGCAUACCAGAAUCUGAUGAUGAACAAAAAAAUACCGUUUCCAAUAAACGUUGUUCAGAAGAUGAUAUUGAGAAUGAUGCAAAAAAAAUGAGGCCCUUACAUCCUACUGUUGCCUAAUCAACUCGUGUCCAUUCAUGAUUAAAAAAAACCACCAUCAUUUUAAUUACAUUAACUUUAAAAA